AUGUCUCAUUACCAAGAGUCAAGAGACUACUCUGGUAGACCUACGAGAGGUAACUUCGAUGGUUCCGGGCGUCGCGAUGAACACCGCGAUGUUCAACGUGAAAAUAGAAACGAAAAUCGUCCAGGUUACAGUGAUCGCCCAGGUUACAAUGAUCGCCCAGGUUACAAUGAUCGCCCAGGUUACAAUGAUCGCCCACAAGACGGACAACGCUUCAACGCUCAGGGAGCUGAUCACCGUGGUCACUCUUCGCACGAUCGCCCAGGACAAAACUCAUAUAGUUCCAGCAGCUAUAACCAUCCUAAUGAUCGAAAUGAAGGAUAUCAGCCAUCUCGUCAACGUGGUUCAGAUCCACCUCACGAUCAACAACGAAAUUACGCGAGAGAACCCCCACGAGAUGGAGGAUUUGGUCGUGGAGGCUACGGAGGCCCAAAUUACGGAAACGGGGCUCCACGAGAUAUGGGUCAAGGAGGUGGCCACUCUGGUUACCGUCAAGAAGAACGUCGUCCAGCUGAUCGUGGUUACGAUGAUAGUCGUCCUGCUGAUCGUGGUCACAAUGACAAUUCUGGACCACGAAACGAGAGAGAGCAACCAAAACCAUAUUCUCAGAAUCACCAAGGAAGUUAUGGAAGCCAUGAUAACUACAACAAGUAUCCUCCUCGUGAUAAUAAUCAAGGAUCUUCUCCAAGAUCAUUCCAAAAUGACCGCAAUCAUUCGAAUAAUUCUGGAAUGAAUAGCUAUCGUAGCGAAGAUUCGCGAUCCAACUAUCAACAUGGAAAUGAUAAUCGUCGUGGCCACAACGAUAAUGGAUUCUCUACUUCAGGAGGACGUGGUUUUCACAAUGACUCUGGAUUUGGACAUGGAGAACGAAACAACGGUCCUCAGAGAUAUCAAGGCGAUGGGAACUACAAUGCGAAUGAAAGAAACAGCUCAUUCCGUAACGAUAAUGGUUUCGGUUCUGGUAGCAGAGAUAACUCAAAUCGCGGAAAGUUCCAGAAUGACGGUGGAUACCCUGAGACCGAGGGAGGACAGACUGGAACUGAGAACAAAGAGCCCGAGCGAGCACCUCGUGAUUGGGUUCCAAUGAAACGUGAUGUCGAGGAAAUGAUGGACGAUACUGCCCAGAAGGUUGAGGAAUGCCAAGUGUCCCAAGAUCAAGCGGUAGAAAUUCGCAACUCGGAUAUUGACACACGUCUAACAUCUUGGGCGAAUUCGGGACUCCACGAGAAGAUCUUGAGAAACUUGGAGCGUCUUAAAUACACUCAAGUCAGAACUAUUCAAGCCGCCAUGAUUCCACAAAUUCUUGCCGGGUAUGAUGUGAUUGGUCAAGCUGAAACCAGUGCCGGUAAAACUGCGGCAUUUGGAUUGCCGAUUGUGAACAAGAUAUUGCAUUUGGGUGAAGCCGCAUACGACUCUUCAUUUGAAAACGUAGCUCCGUUCGCCUUAAUCCUCUCACCAACAAGAGAGCUCGCGUCUCAAAUCUAUGAUUCACUACGUCUCUUCUCAAGAGACACUGGAAUCAAAGUUUGUCUCUCAUACGGACAACAGUCUCGUAUGAAUUCUCUCGAGGAAAUGCGAAAAGGCUGUCAUGUUUUGGUCGGAACAUGUGGACGUAUUAUGGAUUUGGUCGAGAAAGGUGACAUCAGCAUGACCGAACUCAGAUUUUUGGUAUUGGACGAAGCCGAUCGGCUUCUUCAAGAAGCCAACAAAGACCCCGUUGGUCAUAUGUCUCGAAUUCUAAAUGACCGGGAAUUCAAAAACACUGCUUCGACUCGUCAAACAAUUAUGACAUCGGCCACAUUUGACAGAAAUGUCGAAGCGAUUGCGCAGUCGCUUAUGAAAAAAUUGCCAAACGAAUCAGACUUUAUCAAAAUCGUCUUAACCAACAGUCGUCUAAGCAAUCGCGUGAAUCUGGCCUUCUACGAGACAAGCGGUUUAGCAGAAAAGAAUAAAAAGUUGAAAGAAAUCUUGUCCGAAAUCAACGAAAAUGGAGAGGCUCCAAAAACGCUCAUCUUCGUUCAGAAGAAAAAAACCUGCGACUUCUUGGCUGUCAGAGUUGCACAGUAUGGAAAUUUGAUUCGAUCUCAAACUUUGCACGGAGACCGUUCCCAGGACAAGCGUGAUCAAUAUAUCAAUGAGUUCAAAACCGGAAGACUUAAUGUGAUGGUUACUACUGAUGUUCUCUCUCGUGGUAUCGAUGUCACCGAUCUCGAACGUGUAAUCAAUUACGACAUUCCUGAUGGCAGUCCUGACACUGCCACUGACACGUUUAUUCAUCGAUCGGGCCGUACUGGCCGCAUGCACACCGGUGUUUGCAUUUCGUUCGUGGAUCCCAAAUGCGAAAGUGAUUGCCGCCUCGCUCCAAAGCUUGUCGAACUCGUCAAAUCUCAAGGAAAAACAGAUGAAGAUCUUCCACAGUUUUUGGUCCAGAUGGCAAGAGAAAAUGUCCACAAAGUGCACACGGACACUGGAUUUGGACGAGGAGGUCGUGGUGGACGUGGUGGAAGUUACGGAAGUCGGGGAGGAGGAUUCUCAGGAUCCGCAACAGGAUCAUUCAAUCGCACUUCUCUCGCGUCUGGAGGAUUUGGCUCUACCAGUGGAGGUGGAGGGGGAUUCGGAGCCACGUCCGGAGGCACGUCCGGAGGAGGAUUUGGAUCGACCAAAUCAGCAGGAGGAGGUUUUGGUUCCACUUCAGCUGGAGGAUUUGGAGCACCCCGUUCCGAUGGAACCAACGGCACCUCCAACGAUGAGACCGCCCCAACAGUGGUUGGGGGAGGUUUCGGUGCUCCGAAAGCACCUACUGGCUUCGGAGCUGCAGAUUCCGAAGUCGCAAACGAAGCAGCAAACGAAGAAGAAAACAAACCACAAGGGUUUGGGAGCAAAGCUGCUCAAGAAGCCAAGGCAGCUGCCGAAACUCUCGGAAGCACCACCUUCGGAUCGUCUGCUGAUGAUAAGAAAAACGAUGGGGGAGAAGAAGAUGACGAUGAUUGGUAA